GUGCUAUCAGAAGAUCCUGCCAAUUAUCGCGAUGCUCCUACAGAAGCAAUCCGUCAAGUGUUAGAGCAAGAAACGGGGGCUAAGAUUCCAAAAGGAGCUUCAGUUCCUACAGACAACAUCUCAUGGAUUCGCAUGGGAACAACGGUCGCAACCAAUGCAUUGCUGGAGAGAAAAGGCGAGAGGAUUGCUUUGCUCAUAACAAAGGGAUUCAAAGAUCUCCUAUUUAUCGGCAAUCAAACUCGGCCAAAGAUCUUUGAUUUCGAUAUCAAAAUUCCAGAGGCUCUCUAUGAGGAGGUCGUUGAGGUGGACGAACGGGUUAUCACUUUUGAUGAAAGCUGCAAAAUGACAAAAUUCGGUGAAGUAAAAGAAACAAGUUUUGGAAAAAAGGUGAUAGUCGAGAAAGAACCAAACGCGGGAGAGGUGGCGAAAAUUUUGAGGACAGUGGCAUCCAAGGGAAUCAAAAGCAUAGCUGUUGUCUUCCUUCACUCCUUUAUUUAUCCUGCACAUGAACUUAAAGUCAAGAAAAUAGCCGAGGAUUUGGGUUUUGCCAGUAUUUCCCUCUCUCAUGAGGUUAUGCCAAUGAUUAAAGUAGUGCCAAGGGGUUUCACUGGUAACUACAUUUCGCUUCUGGUUAACUUUCAUAAUUCUCAUAACUGUUGACU